GCAGCCGGUAGAUAUAUAAAUGCUGAACCAAAGAUGCAUCCGCUCUUUCAGUGGAGUCCCUUAAUGGAUUAUAAUCUGGCCAGUCAAAUUCUGCCCGGUGACAAACACCUGAGGAUCAACAGGGACUUUUAAAUUCACUCAAACUAUUAUUAGGAGCCAUGGUGGGACUUAAACCCUCAGAUGUUCCCCCUCCUCUCGGGGUGAAGAUGGCGAGUGCUGGACUUGCAGCCUGCAUUGCUGAUCUUGUCACAUUUCCUCUGGACACAGCCAAAGUCAGACUACAGAUUCAAGGAGAGAAGGUGGCAGUGGGGGGAAUCCGCUACAGAGGGGUGUUUGGGACCAUUAGCACCAUGAUCCGAACAGAGGGGCCCCGGUCCCUGUACAAUGGGCUGAUAGCCGGGCUGCAGAGACAGGUGUGCUUCGCCUCCGUCAGAAUCGGCCUCUAUGACAACGUCAAGAACUUCUACACUGGUGGAAAAGACAAUGCCAAUGUGCUGAUUCGUAUCCUGGCGGGCUGCACCACAGGCGCCAUGGCCGUGUCCUUUGCACAACCCACAGAUGUGGUCAAGGUUCGAUUCCAAGCCCAGACGAACUUGGAUGGUGUUGCCCGUCGCUAUACUGGCACCAUGCAGGCGUACAAACACAUCUUUCAGAAUGAAGGAAUGCGUGGACUCUGGAAAGGCACACUUCCAAACAUCACAAGAAAUGCACUAGUAAACUGCACAGAGCUGGUCACGUAUGACUUGAUCAAGGAGGCCAUUCUCAGGCACAAGCUGAUGUCAGAUAAUCUGCCGUGCCAUUUUGUGUCUGCAUUUGGAGCCGGCUUUGUUACCACAGUGAUCGCUUCCCCAGUAGAUGUAGUGAAAACCAGAUACAUGAACUCACCACCGGGCCAGUACAAGAGUGCAAUAAACUGUGCCUGGACCAUGUUGACUAAAGAGGGGCCAACAGCUUUCUACAAAGGAUUUGUACCCUCGUUUCUGAGGUUGGGAUCAUGGAACGUUGUGAUGUUUGUCUCAUUCGAACAAAUCAAGAGAGGCAUGAUGGUCACAAAGAAGAAGAUGGAGACCUGA